AGUGUUUUUUCUCCUCGCCCGUGAAUGAUGUGGUUCUGCGGAAAAUGUGAAAAGCCAGCCAAAUUGGUCUCCUAACACUGUAGCGCAAUAGUUUUGCACAUCGAGCGAGAAGCCGUUUUCGUGGCGUGAGUGCGCGUGAAGGGCUGGACAAUGGCUUACCAGACGUUCCGGCAGGAGUACCUGCAAAUUCCCAUAGUGACUCGCAUCUACACGACAGCCUGUGUAAUCACAACUUUGGCCGUGCACCUGGACCUCGUCUCCCCGUUCCAGCUCUACUUCAAUCCCACACUCAUCGUGAAGCACUACCAGCUGUGGCGGCUGGCCACCACAUUCCUCUUCUUCGGCACCAUCAGCUUCAGCUUCCUCUUCAACAUGAUCUUCACGUACAGGUACUGCCGGAUGCUGGAGGAGGGCAGCUUCCGCAGCCGCAGCGCGGACUUCGUCAUGAUGUUCCUCUUCGGCGGCGUUCUUAUGAUUAUAUCGGCGAUUUUCGUGAACCUGCUGUUCCUGGGCCAGGCCUUCACGAUAAUGCUGGUUUAUGUGUGGUCGCGCCGCAAUCCGUCGAUCCGGAUGAACUUCUUCGGGCUGUUGAACUUCCAGGCGCCUUACCUGCCGUGGGUGUUGCUCAGCUUCUCCGUGAUCCUGGGCAACACCAUCUGGGUGGACCUCAUGGGCAUGAUCGUGGGCCACGUGUACUAUUUCCUCGAGGAUGUGUUUCCCAACCAGCGGAAUGGCUGCAAACUGCUCAUCACGCCGCAAUUCCUGAAGAGGAUCUUCGAUGAGAACGAGCAGAAUCCCGAGUACGCAGCGCUGCCGGAAGAUCGUCCGGGUGGCUUCGAUUGGGGCGAGCGACUCAACCGGCCGGCGAAUGCGCAGGAGAACAACAAUGCGCAAUAGCGCGAGUGUGAAGUUGCAUCGCGCAGCGUCUCUCUCGCUUGAACACCGUUUGUACAUAGGCGCGCCCCCGCAGAGAGAGAGCCGCUGACACAUUUGUCCAUAUUGUGCCGCAAUUUUGUAUACAGAAGAAGGUGGAAAAGGAAAAUCAAUUAAAUAAACACAAUAAAUUAUAGACGAUCAACGACAAUCCAUCUUGAC